AUGGAAUUGAUGCGUUUUGCAACCUUACUAGGCAACAUCGGUGGUUUUACUCUUGGAACCAUCGUUCUAGUUGGAUGUCUACUAUUAAUAUGGUAUAACACAGUAUCUACUAUUGCAGUUCGUUUUACUGGUGGAAAGGAAGCUACACUUUUGACAGAGAUACUGCAUUUAGCCACAGGUCUGCAGUCAAUACAAGCAAUGAAUUUAGCGAAUGUUGUGUGUUUUGCAAUUAUGAUUCUCCUUGUAGUGCUAGUCAGCCUUCUUGAUGAAGCGAUGAUCAUAGUGAAAGAGUCAAUUGAAGCAAAAGCAAAACUUCCAUCAUCUGAAAUUGUGAGACACAUCAAUCACAGUUACGAGCGUGGCUUAGCACGCGGCGGCAUCGCACACAAGGCAAAACAGAUGAAGAGAGUAGUAUAG